AUGACAACUCCUACUGGAUCUACUUUAGGUGAGUUUCAGAGCAAAAAAAAAACGCUCCGCCCAUUUUUUUCAUGCUGAUCUAGGGGUAGAAACACUUUAUGCAUUUUUUUUGUUGAUUUGAGUGAACUUGAGUGUUGCAAAAAAUGACAGAGGCAAAUGAAAGCUGCGUUGUUUCAAGUAAGUAUUUCCAGUAUUUGGUAUUGUAGUUGGGUUCUAGAUUAUAUAAUUUAGCGUAGAUCACUUAAAAAUAGUUUAGAUUUUUCUUCAUUAAAUGUAAUCUAAGCUAAAAACUUAUCCAAUGAAAAAUAAAAUACAGUAAUUUGGUUCCGAUGAAUCACUUUUUCGUAAACAAAAUUCUGAUUUCGUAAUAGAUCGUGCAUUUUCGAAAGAUAAAAGCUAAAAUAAAAAUCACCUGUUUUUUCUCCAAAAUAAUAGUUUGUUUGAUCAUUAAUGUUUCAGGUUCGUUCUAUCUUCGCGAAACCGGUGAGAUCAGAAAUAUUUAUGUGAAAUAUCUAUUUUCGGAAAUGCCAGUUCACGUCUUCAAUAUUUUCAUCAUAUUUUUCACGUUCUACUUCAUAUUUUCGAAAAAAGUGCUGAUCCAUAUGAAUUUGAAGGUACGUCAUUUUUGUUUUUUUCCAGAACUUGUUAUUUUGAUUUUCUAAAGACUGUUAUAAUAGCUUUCUUUAAAUAAUAACCUCCGAAAAAUGGCCACAAUGGAGUAAAUAAAUCAAAUAAGUUAUUUUGAUUUCAUUAUACUUUAUAUAUUUUGGCCAAAAAGGGAGUAAUAGUAAAGCUAACAUGAGGGAUAAUUAUAUUUUGAAGAUGGAGUUGAAUUCUAAAGUUUUCAGAUUGUAAUUACAAGUUAUUCUCUCACUGCUUUAUUUUUGAGUAUUUUCCGUUUAACUUGGCUAAUUUGCGAUGUUUUUUGGGUUCCACUUAAUAUUAUGGAAUUUUUCAUGUUUGGCCGAUUUAUUUUUCAAUCUUCAAGUGAGAUUCUUUGUUUUUUUUUUCAUUUUCUCAUUUUUUUUAGUUUCUGCCCAUCUUUUUGUUUUAUCAACUGAAAGAGUUAUUGCAACUGUAAAUGCAAAUAAUUAUGAGCAUAAGUCCUGCUCAUUUUUUAUUGUUUUUUGGUGUCUUAUGACUUAUCCAUAUUCCGGAGUUCUUUUAUAUUCAAAAUAUUGCAUUGAAAAUGGUAGACAAUUGAAUAUUUUAACAACAAUUGUAUGUUCUGGAGGAUCAUUGAUAGUGAGUUUGGAAUAUUUUGAUUGCAUAGUUAUUUUUAAACGUUUUAGGCAAUGUUGAUAGUUUAUUUUGUGAAUAAAAAACAAGUUGAUGCUCGUCGAUGGAAAUCAAAAGUAUCAGAAGCUUAUCAAAUUCGCGAAAAUAUUCGAACUUCUCGAAUUCUUAUGCAAAUGUUUGGAGUUGGUAGUAUUUUUCUCGCAUCCGCUUGUUUCUUUGUUCUCAAAUUUUCGACUGCUUUACUUGGAGAUAACAAAUAUGAUAUAAUAUUCAAUGGUUAUAUGUAUGAUAUUCUUGUUUCAGUUGGUUCAACUAUUGAAAGUUUUCUAUUUUUGUAUUAUAUUCUGCCAGAAUCGCAAAGACGCAAGGUUUUACGUAGAAUGGGUGUGUUAUUUUUCAAAGAAACAUUUUUAAUUCUCAAUUUUUUUUCCAGAUUUAUCUCAUUAUCGACAUCGAAAGUCGAUCACAAUUACACCGACAGUUGUAAAAUUGAAGUUUAAAAAUAUUCAUGGAAUUGAUGUUGAAGUUGGAGCAAAUUCGGUAAAAAAUAGUGACGUUGAAAAAUGUAAUUUCCGUUUUUUUCAGGGAAAUGAUUAUUUUAAACAAUUAUCGACUGCGUGGAAAUAG